AUGGUGAUAUUCGUACUGUUGGUACUGCCAUACGUGGAAUGUUUAGAGAAAGUGGGUAAACGAAUCAGUUUGUCCUCAUCAAGUUAUGAUUACGAGAAAUGGUAUAGCCAAAAUCGGAUGCAUAGCUCUGAACUGAGCGAAGGACUCAUGGAUGAGUACCAUAUACAUUUAAGGCGAAGUCUAGAAAAUGGUAACUCCACCAUGUUAAAUGAAACAUUUCUCGCACAAUUGAAAGAGGAGCGACGAAGAUUUCUCGAAACACUCAACGCCGGUGCGUUUUUAAACGAACAACGACGUCUUGUUGAAGAUCUACUGGAUCCUGGGUACUACGAGAAGAAUGUUCACCCUCGAAUUGAUCAUCUGAAGCCGACUAGAAUCAAUGUGAGCAUGAGCCUAUAUCAGAUUUUAGAAGUGGAUGAACGUUCGCAAAGCAUUAUUGUAAAUGUUUGGAUGGUGCAGAAUUGGUUCGAUGAAUUUCUGGACUGGGAUCCACGAGAGUACAGUAUGCUCAAUAAAACCAUCCUGCCUUAUCAUCAAAUAUGGACACCUGAUACAUAUCUUUACAACAGUGAAACAUUGGAACGAAAGAAAACGGAAUCAAUGAUGAACGCUAUGGUUGAGACAGGAUUUUGGGCGAAUGACAGUCAAGGCGCUAGGGUUCAGCUUAUGUUUCCGGCCAUCUACAAACUUUCUUGCGCCAUGAAUGUGAAAUGGUUCCCGUACGAUUCGCAGAAUUGCACGUUUAUCAUAUCAAGUUGGACCCACGACAAGGCUUCAAUUGACUAUUGGGCAACGUAUCCGUUGGUGAAUUUGAAAAAUAUGGCUCGUAACGAUGAAUGGGAAGUGCUUAGCUUCGAAUUUGAACGAGUUGAACAAAAUUUUAAAUGUUGCGUAAAUCCGUGGGUUCUUCUUUACGCUCAUCUAGUGAUUCGUAGAAAACCGCUCUACUAUGUUGUAAAUCUUGUGAUACCAACUUCUAUUAUCACCAUCGUGGCUAUAACGGGAUUUUUCACACCAACGUCAACAUCAAGUGAACGUGACGAGAAAUUGUAUCUGGGUAUCAACACUCUUCUUACUAUGUCCAUCAUGAUGCUUAUGGUAUGCAAUCAAAUGCCAUCAACAUCCACCUACGUACCUUUAAUGAGUUGGUAUUAUAUGGGAAUCAUCAUAUUGAUCGUUAUUGGAACAUUGAUGGCCACAAUUGUUCUUGCGAUCCAUGGUCGAAAGCACUAUAACCGUCCUCUGUCACGAUGGGUACGUCGACUGGUGCACAACAAUUUUGUGGACAUGUUUGUGCUCAGUCCUCCGGUCGCUCUGCUAGAGUUAUGGCAUGAGUUCGGUGUGAUUGAGGAACAACGACUAUCGAUGUCACAACUCGAUCCGUUACUGAUCCAACAGCUUGAUCCGAUUUCACAUCUUCCUCCUCGACCACGUGCGUUUUUCGGUUCAAUUUCUUCAAACAUCUCCGACAAGUCGUCGUACUCGUAUGCAACACGGCUUGCAGCUCUUACUAGGCAAUACACGAGUCAGGUCCGAGUAAAGGAACGAGAGAGACAGUCAUCUAUAAUGAAACAACCGACCACACAACACUCAAGAAGUAUAAAGCGUCAUAAAAUGGGUAGAAGAUGUGCUCUGGAAUGGGAAUAUUUGGCCAACGUUAUCGAUCGCGUUCUUCUAACGUUGUUCAGCUUUGUCACCUUGACAUUCUUCAUACUGUUGGUGUUCUUCGAUCAGAUUUUCAGCGUUCACACGUUACGUCGCUAG